AUGGCCACCAUCCAGUCUGAAACCGAUUGCUAUGACAUCAUCGAGGUCCUAGGUAAGGGGACCUUUGGUGAGGUGGCCAAGGGCUGGCGACGCAGCACAGGCGAGAUGGUGGCCAUCAAGAUCCUGAAGAACGAUGCGUACCGGAAUCGCAUCAUUAAGAAUGAGCUGAAGCUCCUUCGCUGCAUGCGGGGCCUGGAUCCCGACGAGGCCCACAUCAUCCGUUUUCUUGAGUUCUUCCAUGAUGCCCUCAAGUUUUACCUGGUCUUUGAGCUGCUGGAGCAGAAUCUUUUUGAGUUCCAAAAGGAGAACAAUUUUGCACCCCUUGCGGCCCGUCACAUCCGCACGGUGACACUGCAGGUGCUUCGGGCCUUGGCCCGGCUCAAGGAAUUGGCCAUCAUCCACGCUGACCUCAAACCGGAGAAUAUCAUGCUGGUCGACCAGACACGUUGUCCCUUCAGGGUCAAGGUGAUUGACUUUGGCUCAGCCAGCAUCUUCAGCGAGGUGCGUUAUGUCAAAGAACCGUACAUCCAGUCCCGCUUUUACCGGGCUCCAGAGAUCCUCCUGGGACUGCCCUUCUGUGAGAAGGUGGAUGUCUGGUCACUGGGGUGUGUGAUGGCUGAGCUUCACCUGGGCUGGCCACUCUACCCAGGCAACAAUGAGUAUGACCAGAUCCGCUACAUCUGUGAGACCCAGGGCCUGCCAAAGGCCCACCUCCUCCACGCUGCCCGGAAAGCGCACCAUUUCUUCAAACGGAAUCCCCAUCCAGAGGCCUCCAACCCUUGGCAGCUUAAGUCUUCAGCUGACUAUCUGGCAGAGACCAAGGUCCGCCCCCUGGAGCGGCGUAAAUACAUGCUCAAGUCUCUGGAUCAGAUUGAGACUGUGAAUGGCGGUGGGGCAGCAGGCAAGCUGGCAUUUCCAGACCGCGAGACACUGGCAGAGUACGCGGACCUCAAGAGCAUGGUGGAGCUUAUUAAGCGGAUGCUGACCUGGGAGUCCCAUGAGCGAAUCAGCCCCAGUGCUGCUCUCCGCCAUCCCUUCGUGUCCAUGCAGCAGCUGCGCAGUGCCCAUGAGGGCACCCGCUACUACCAGCUAUCCCUACAUGGCUGCCGCCUCUCGCUGCAGCUGGAGGGUCGGGCGCCCACAGAUGAUGGGCCGCCCUACUACCGCCUGGCAGAGGAGGAGGAGAGCAGUGGUGGUGGAGGUGGCAGUGGCACCUACUACCGGGAGGAGAAGGCCCCCGGUGUGCAGAGGGCCAUCGACCAGCUGGAUGACCUGAGCCUGCAGGAGCCUGGAAAGUUGUGGGGGGAAGGCCGGGCUGGGGCCUAUGGUGCCAGUGAGCCAACCACUGAUACCCUGGUGCUGCCCAAGGGGGUUAGCCGGCGGGGUCGUGAGCCCGGGCCUGAGCCCAUCCUAGCCUUCUAUGGCAGCCGACUCACUGGGCGUCAUAAGUCCCGGAAGCACCCCGCUGGCUCCAAGUCUGAUCCUAACUUUGGCAACCUCAUCCGGCUGGGCCAGGCUUCCCCCGAUGAGGGUGGGCCUGGCCGGGGCAGCGGCUGGGAGGAGGGGGAGCGGCGUGGGGCCUCCGCGGACCCCCCAGCUGUCCCGCAGCUAGAUGGGGAUGGGCCUGACGAGCGGCCUGGGGCCAAGGAGCUGACACUAGCUGCUGAGAGGGCUGGCCCGGAGCUGUACGACGCAGGUGUACCCCCUUUGCCCCCCUGCCCGGGGGAGUGGCUAAGCGACCCUGACUGGAGCUUGGAGGGCAGCGGGGGGGCCCGGGGUCAGGCCCCCCCGCCCCGCCACCCCCACCCCCACGGGCCUCCCCGGGUCACUGGCUUCCUCCAGCACGUCGGCGGGCAUCACUGAUGGAUCCCCCCCUUCCCUGGGCCGUGCCAGCCACGACCUGGUGCCUGCUUCAUUUGACUCAUCCCUCGCCCUGAGAUGCGCUUACCUAGAAAUCCAGAUUAUAGUUACAGAAAAAAUAAAUACACAGAGAUUCCCCCCAUCCUCACCUCCACCCCCUCCAUCCCCAGCUAUCGUGCACCUGAGAGGGCCCUGCCAGGCCACCCUGCAGGACCCCCCUGUGCCAGGAGGGGUGCCCAGGGAAGGGGUGGCUGCCGGGCCUGGCUCCAUGCCCUCUCCCAUCCCCCCCAGCUCUGCCUGUUUCCAUAAAGGACUGUUCAGCUGC